AAGUGGUGAUAUGCCAAGUCAAGAAUCAACCCUUUAUUGGUUUUAGCUGGUUUCUGGCGUGGUACAGUUAAACAAAACAGAGAUUGGUGCCGUGUUUCCCGAUGGCCCCUUAUGUAGAUAAGCUGAGCUGACAGUAAAGGGGGAUUUUGAGACGGAUUGCUAGCAGAAUUCGUUGAAUGUUCACUUUUCAUUGAUUUUAUGUAACUGUUGAUGUUAGACUAUGACAUAUGAAUUGCGAAUGCGACAAGAAAAGAAAAAAGAAAAAAAGAAGCCACUUAUAGAUCCAAUCAAGGAGUUUCACUGCAUACGAUACACGGCGCCAAUAACCUCUCUCAGCACUUAAUAGGUUACAAUGCCCAGUAUUUACCGAUUAGCGGGCGUCUCCGCUACAGCAUUAUUCUUAAUAGCCAUCUUUUUCUUCACGAAUCCCGUCGACGUGGAAUACCAAUGGCACCGCUUCUCUCCAACCACCAAGAACCAGACCUCUCCAGAUGGAAACCCCGCCAUCGCGGGCGGCAUGCCCUUACGUAUCAUGUUCAUAGGCGCCUCGGUCACGCGCGGUGAAGUCUCGGCUGGCGAUCAGGGAUACAGGAAACAGCUUCGCGAAAAGCUUACAUCACUGGGGAAUCCCGUUAAUUGCGUCGGCUUUAAUCGGUUUGGCGACUUUCCCGACAACGACCUGGAAGGCUACGGCGCCAAGCGAAUCAGGCACCUCCACGAACACGCGAAACAAGCCGUGCCGUACCUACAGCCGAACCUCAUCUUAGUACAGGUCGGCACGAGCGAUUGUUUCCAGAAGGACGACACCGUGAACAUAUUUACGCGCAUGCGCGAGUUCGUCGACUACAUGCUGGAAGCGUCGCCGCGGGCCACGGUCAUCAUGUCGACGCUGGUGACCACGCCGAACCAGGAGUUCGAGCCCUGCAUGAAGAGCGCGAACGCGCAAAUCCGCCAGGUCGCCGCAGAUCUGAUCCGCGAAGGAAAGCCGGUCGCGAUCGCGGAGAUGCACUACGACCAGGGCCUUCCCAGCCGCCCUCGGCCGGAGGAUAUCGGCAACGACCAGAUUCACCCCACGAACGAGGGCUACUUUAUGAUGGGCGACAUCUUCAUGGAGAAGAUCCGCGAGGUGGAACAGAGGGGUCUCCUGAAAUAUCCGGUCAAGAAUGGCAUCCCUGAAGACGGCGAGCAAGGUAGGGAGGUCGAGGACCAGUUGAAAGAGAAGGCCGAGAAGGAACACCCUCUGGAUAUGUGAGCGAUGGAUGGCCAAGGCUUGGGACAAAAAGAGGUCUAUAGAAUAAAAGGUAUCAUCCGCUCGUCGGGACGGUCCGAUGAGCGGGAUCUAGAAUGCCUUUGUAGGCUUGGGUCGCUAUCCGACACGUUAUCCGACAAUGAGUUUGCGUCGGAGCCAGAAUAAAGUGAAAGUUUGUACUUGUGUAUAUCCUAUGGAUGUGCAGUAGAAUUCCCGUUUAGAUCUUAGCCAGGAACCAUUUUGCUGCAGAAUCCCAAGAUCUGCAAAGCAAAGGAAAAAAGAAACAGCGAAAAUACUGGGCUGCACCGAUGUCGAGCAGGUGUUUACUGCACGUCACUAGC